AUGCCAAGCGCCAAACGUAAAACUGCAGACGCAGAAAUUGCUAUCUCGACUUCCCCAGAGGACCCUGCGGAAAGCACAAACGCCAAACGCACCCGUCGUUCAACGAGGGCAGCAGCAGCAGCCGGAAAGGAGAAAUUGGCUGCAAUGACUGAAACAAAGGAAAAGACCAAGGCUAAAACCCCUCGUAAGAAGAAAGCAGACGAGGAAGAGACGAGUCCAACUAGUCCGACAAAGAGAACAAGAAAGAGAAAACAGGAUCAUAUGGGAGGUGAUGAUGGGAGUGCACCGACAAGUCCUACGAGCCCCAAAGGGAGAACAACCAAAAAGCCCAAAGAAGAAGAAUCCGGAACGGCAGACAGUGGCAAGAAAGACACACAGAAUGGAAAUGGAGAGGCGAAACAUGAGGGUGAGAUGAAAGAAGAGCAGGAGAGCAGCACGGGGAAGGGCGGUGUUAAAAUGGGAAGCCCACAGAAGAAGGAUUUGCAAAGCCCUAAAAGUGAGGCGCCAAAGAGCCCAACAAAGGAGAACGUUAAGAGCCCCAAAAAGGAAGUACCAGAGAGCUCAAAGGAGGAGGAGUUGAAAAGCCCUAAAAGAGAGACGCCAAAGAGCCCAACAAAGGAGAGCGUCAAGAGCCCGAAAAAAGAGGCACCGGAGAGUCCAGUCAAGAAGGAGAGCGCCGAGACGGGCAGCGCACUUGGAGACUUGGUACCCCCGCCUCCUGGUAAAGGCGUCCUAGAGAAAGGUCACAUCUUCUUUUUCUACAGGCCCAAGGUGGAAAAGUCGGAAGCAAAAGGCCUUGACGACGUCCAACGGUUCUACAUUGUCCUCAAACCCGAUGUAUACCAAUUUAAAUCUGAAGAUGACAAGGAAUCCCAUGUUUACCACGGCCAUCGAAUCCGGGAAAUCAUUGUGACUCGCAAAAAACUGCCAGAGAUUGGUAGUCGGGCUCGAUAUUGGGGAUUUGUUGACCACGUUGUGGAUGAUGUGAAAGAUUUGGAGCAGUACCUUCGAGGGGAGACUUAUGAAACGAAGACGAGAGGUACCCGGCAUCUCGAACCUGCGCGACCUUGUGGUGAAGGGGUAUAUUCAAUUGUGGAUCAUAACGGUCAUACCCAUUUAGCCUAUGUAUUAACACUGCCAGAGGAACCAACUGAGGUACAAAAGACCUUCAACAUUGAAAAGGAGGGAUCUUUCAUCUUGUCGAUCAAAAAUCCGGAAACACCCUCUCCACCCUGGGCCGGCCUCGGAGAGCGCCAAAAGUCGAACCUACCACCCAAAUUCCUCGAACUCUUCCGGGGCCGUAGAUUCAUACCCGCCAACCCGCCUGCACUUCUCGAUUUCGAUCAUGUUGAAAUUCUGCUGAUUGGUGCUGCGGAAGAUGUAUCCGAGGAUCUUGGGCAAGCUGGGAAAGAACUUGAAGAAAUGGAAGAGGAGGAACACAAGGAUGUAGUGAAGCUACAGGACGACAAAGUCUUUCAAGACCUCCAAUUGGACAAGACGAAAUUCAAGACAGAGCCAUUAUUUGGAAAGUGGGCUUAG